AUGCCUUCAUGGGCCUUCAUCAGAGACACAGUAUUUCUCCGGUGUGUGGGACCCUCCAACAAAAACCUGCACUUCUACAAAGAUGGAGUCAUUGUGAAAACAGACACAAACCAUCAAUUUAAACGAAAAUCUGAUACAACAGUGGAGAUGAUGAUCGUCUCAGCCUCAGGAUCAGACCACGGCUGGUACUUCUGUGGGAUGGAUGGAGCAACACUGUACACAGCAAAAGCACUUACAAUAUACACAUACAGAAGAAUUAGGCUGAGUGCAGACAGUCUCCUCAUCGCAGAGCGUGGCAGGGUGAUGCUGAGCUGUUAUAUAGAAUCGAUUCAGAAAUAUCAAUGGAUCAGACGUACUUCCACUCAUACUUCUCACUUUGAGAUCUUAAAUAAAGCUACAGCUAAAGUCUAUGUACAUCAUGGAGGUGUGUACUCCUGCAGAGGAGAAGAGGAGCUCAUUCUCACACCAGAAAGUGACUUUGUCACCAUUUGGGAAACUGUGUCAAAUGGAGCAGUGGUGCAACCUGAGCCUGACUGGACAGAGGUGUUUGUAGGAGAGAGCCUGUCUCUCAGGUGUGAGGUGGAGGAUGAAGGAAACUCACAGUGGACUUAUGAAUGGAGCAGGACAGGAGUUGACUUACCUACAGCAACCAGAGAAUAUGCACUCUCCAAUGUGUCUGAGUCUGACAGUGGAGACUACAGCUGCAGAGGGAGAGGAGCAUAUCAGAGAACACAGUGGAGCCAGGUGACCAAGUUACAAGUGAUCGAUAAAGCCGUCCCUGUCGUCUCUGUGUCUCCAUCCUGGUUGAGUCCUGGUGCCUCUGUCUCUCUGAAUUGUGACGUUACAUCGCCCUCUGCAGGAUGGAGGUUUUACUGGUACCAGGCUGUUCCUCUUCCAUCAGGCCUGUACUCAUAUGAACUGCUCAGUGGUGACACCUCAGGGACUGCACAUGGCUCCUUCAGUGUUCAUGGUCUGAGCAGCACAACCGGCUUUGUGUGUCGAGUUGCACGAGGGACAGACUUCUACACUGAAUACAGUCCACCGCGGUUUGUCUGGUCUGCAGAUGCUGGUUCCAGAGUGACUCCAGAUGUGCUUCCUAAAAGCUCACAACACCUCACCAUGGACAAAGUGUCAGUGAGCUGUGGGCCUGGCUCGUCAGAUGAAGAGUGGAGAGUCCAGAUGUUUUCUCUGACCACAAAGUCCUUACAGCAGUGUCGCUCCCACACAACAGAACACACACAUACAUGUGAAUUUUCUGCACCUCAAGAGACCAGAGCAGUGUUCUGGUGUGAGUCUGGGACUGGACAAAUGUCUGAUGCCGUCAACAUCACCGUUCAUGAUGCUGUGGUCCUGUUGAUCCCAGCGCUCCCUGUGCCUGAGGGACAUGCCGUCUCUGUCUCCUGUAAACUGAGACAUUCUGCUACUUUCUCCUUUGUCCAUUUCUAUAAAGAUGGACAAUUAAUCCAAAAAGAUUCUUCCAGACAAUACAACAUCUCUGCAGUGUCCAAGUCUGAUCAGGGUUCAUACAGAUGUGAGCUUCAGGACUCUGCACAAAAGGUCCUGACUUCUCCAGAGAGUUGGCUGUCUGUCACAUUGACCAGAGAGAAGAGCUUUCCUGUUUUUGCUGUGAUGAGGUUGGUAGCUGGCAUGAUUGUCCUACUCAUUCUGCUACUGAUUCUGUGGCACUACUGUAACACCAAAGAUUUGUUCUUUGUCAGGUCCAAGGAAACCAAACGGACACGUGCUGAAGAUCAUGUGACCUCUGCUCCUGAGGACCCAUUCACCCAUUCCCAGCCCGAGCUCCAAAUAAUCUACAGGAGAAACAGAAAUCAGGAAGACGUCUGUGUUUUCUCCCAAGUACUGACUCACUCAGCAGCAGAAGGACAUUAAGACAGCAAGAGUCACUGUGACAUCUGUAACUGGAGCCAUAUCCUCAUAACUUUGGGCCUUUGCUGGGGCACAACAGUGUAUUUUGACUUGUGUAUAUAGAGCUGAUUAAAGGUGGCCUGCCUUUUGUAAAAUGUGUAAACUUCUUAAUAAAAGCAUUUCUCUGCAUGUCUGCUAAAGUAAACUGUAAAAUGUCUUGUGAAAUAAAGUCUUUUGAAUGUCUGA